AUGAAAUUUUAUGCUAACUUUUCUUUCUUUUUUAACUAAGAUGAAGUUUGGACUUCCAAUAAAUUCAUCAAUUAAUUCCCAGAAAGCUAAUUCAUUUUAUUAGAACCAGAUUUUUAUGAUGAAUUAAUGAAUAUUAGUGCUGAGGGAGUUGAUAAACCUUAGAUUGUAGAAAUAGAUAAGAGUUUAAUUGAAUAAUAGUAAUAAUUUGUAGAGUUUAAUAAACAAUAACGAAAUUACUCUUAGGAAUAUUUAAGAUUGAUAAAUUUCGCAAUAUAUACUAAAGAAAUAACUUUGGGAUAGUUGACCAAACUUUUGAUUGCAAAUAAGUAUGUUGAUUAAUUAGAAUUAAAAAUUUAUUCAAAAUAUUCGAAUCAAUAUAUAAUCGAGUCAGGUAGAAUAUUUGGAGUUCCUCUAGUGUUUUAUGAUAAAAAGGAUUUGGAACAUAAACAUUCAUUGUAUUUGGUUGAUUAUUGCGUGGAUUGCUAAUGGUUUUAAUUGUACAGAAAAAUAAGAUUAUCUUUAGAGGUCAACAAAUAAUUUUUAUUGAUAUUGUUUUCGAAAGAAGGUGAGAUUGUGAAUACCAAGAAAAUUCAGAAUUACAAAUGA